UGUAGAUUCAUUGCUCCUUACUCCAGUAGUGAAACCUAUUGCCUCCUCUCAAGGGAUCAAGCUCUCCUCCUGGAAUCUCGUUAUUCUUCCCUUUUCGUUAACCUGCUAGUCCACUGUAAAUACUCAGUUGGAGACAUGCGUGGUGGAUAAUUUAGACGUCAAUUAACCUACAAUAACCUGUCUUUGAAUCGUGAAGAUAAACGAGCGCACCCAGAAGAAGCCCACAGGAACAAGGGGAGGACAUGAGAACUCCAUACUGCAGGCUCUCCAGACUGGUAUUGCACCCAAAACCCAGGAAGAGUAAGGCAGCAGCCCUAACCUCCACGCUUCCGUGCUUCCCAGGAAAAAUGUUAAAGCUUCGGUCACUACAGAGACUCUAUGUCAACAGCAGAUGUCGCUGCGAUUCCCAGUUUCCCCUUUCCCGUUUUGUGAGGUGCCUGGAUGAAGGCACAACGUCAUACGGGCAUUUCAAAAUGGCUCCCUUCAUUGGCAGGAGGAGGGGAGACAGCUGCCGGUUGUUACACUAACAACAACAUCACCUCUCUGGAUGGGGAUGGGGUGUUUCUGGAGUGUAUGUGUCCGUGUCUUCUGCCGCUAAUAAUGACCGCAGUCCGGCCGUUUUUCGUCCCGUUUUAAAGAAUCGUAAAUGCUCUAAAAUGUUAACGACUCUCCCGAACCAGGGGCGAACACAACCCCAGCGAUCCGAGGCGGCACAGCUGCACCGUUUUUGUUGUGGAGCUGUGCGAGCACUGUGAAUGAAAUGGAAAAAGAGGAAAAUGGAGCUUCCGUGCUGCCUUUGUCUGUCGAUGUCAACGAAAACGAGCAGAAGACCAAACCGCCGGGCUGCCGCUCAGGAACCGCCUCUCUUGCGGUGAAAGACAACAGGAAUAAAGUCUCCUCCGAAGACACGAAGUCUGUUCCUCCGGGGAGAGGGUCUGUUCAUUCCGCCGGUGACAGGAAUGUGAGCGCAGACGAGAUCGGCCUGCCAUCGCAGCCCCUUCCUGCUGGAGGUAAAAAAAUGCUUGAUUUUGUCACCGACUGCGUCCCCGGCAGGAUUAAAGACAGUUGCGUCUUGGCCGAGCAGCGUAGCGAUGGAACCCUAAACGGAUUUAUUGAGUCAUCGGAGCCGCUCAUGGUUGGAUCAGGAAUCGGAGGGGGAGGUGGCCGGGGAAUCCCGUCCCGCUCAUCUGCGGCUGCCACCAAGCAGGGAGAAAGAAACGGGAUGCUUAUAGGUAGCACCUCGGAGGGGAUACGAGAGUGCGGGGCGAAAGCGGAAGGCUGCGUUGCUGGGAAACCGGAUAGAGGUCGUUUUCUUCGCGACCCUGGGUCAGACUUACUCUUUUCGCCGUCAUGUGACGGCCGGCAACAGCAGAACUGCACUUGCACGGCCUCGCCGGCCACAGACAUGAAACUUACCAACGGGGAUGUGGACUGUAUACCGCGGGCGGGGGACACGUACUCUGAGUGCUGCGAGCGCCCUACCCUGAGCCGCCCGGCUGCGCCGUGCAAAGGCGGCGGCGCCGCGGAGAGGGAAGCGAAACUGGCCAACGGUGGGGUGUUGAUGGUAAACGAGAGCGAGUCGCUGGACGCCUCAGCAGAUUUCCACGGCCGCCCGGAUGAAAGCCCAGGUGACACGGAGCCUCCUGCGCCACUUGGAAGAUGCGGUCAGGGGUCCAGUGACGGAGUUGCGCCCGGGGAUGCGCUGGAGACCCAAGCGGGAGGGCCGUCUGUGUGUCCGGCUUCUGAGCGCGGUGCCGCGUCCCCAGAACCCAGCACAUCACCCGCUGAACCCGGUGAGCACCCCACGAAAGCAGAGGAGAUAAGCGAGAGUUCAUCUCUUCGACCUUUAACACUCAGGACUAACAAAAACACUACAGCCUGCCUCAGUUGCGACGCCACCCCGGUCAGCCCGGACGGUGGACAGGUGUGCUCCGGGUCCGAGGAAGAGCACGACCCGAGGUUUAUGGACGUCGCUGUAGGUUCCAGGAACACCUUCGAGGUCAGCCGGCGUCAAAGCGCCCCAGACAACCUGCCCGAUGGCUUGUCCCUACCUGCGGACUCCUCCGCAGAGCAGGGCUCAAAACCCAAGAAGCUUGGGAUCUCUGAUUUUUUCAGCAGGAGCUUGUUCUCCAGGAAAGGUAAAGAGCCUAAAACUCCAUCCCAGAGUGUUCCUGGAUGGAAGUUGUUUGGAAAAGUUCCACUAAGAGAGAACACUCAGAAGGAUUCCAAAACUAUCCAGCAGGACAGUAACCCAGGCAAUCUAACGUCUGUAUCUACACCAAAUCUGUUAAGCACAGGGGAAUAUGAAGCGCGGACCGGAAAGGCAUCCAAUCCCCCUCCUCAGCCAGGAAGGCGCAAAAACCUGGAGUUUGAACCACUUUCAACUACAGCACUUAUUCUGGAAGACCGCCCUGCAAACCUGCCUGCAAAGUCAGCUGUAGAAGCACAGCGCCAUCGACAGGAGUACGACGAGAUGGUGGCCGAGGCCAAGAAAAGAGAGAUGAAAGAGGCACAGAAGAAGAAGAAAAUAAUGAAAGAGAGGUAUAAGCAGGAGGAAAUCAUUGCGAACGCUAUGGUGAUUUGGAACACUGAGAUCCUCCCAAACUGGGAAACCAUGCGCAAUACAAGAAAAGUCAGAGAGCUCUGGUGGCAAGGACUGCCCCCUAGUGUCCGUGGCAAAGUCUGGAGUCUGGCCAUUGGAAAUGAACUAAAUAUUACACACGAGCUGUAUGAAAUUUUUCUGUCCAGAGCUAAGGAACGAUGGAAGAGUUUCAGUGAAACAGGAUCAGAAAAUGAAGCAGAGGAUUCAGGAGUGUCGCUUGCGGACAGAGAAUCAAGUCUGGAGUUGAUAAAGUUGGAUAUAUCCCGAACCUUUCCCUCUCUUUUCAUAUUUCAGAAGGGUGGUCCAUACCAUGAUCUUUUGCAUAGUGUACUAGGGGCCUAUACCUGUUACAGGCCUGAUGUUGGAUAUGUACAAGGGAUGUCCUUCAUUGCUGCUGUGCUAAUCCUUAACCUGGAAGAAGCCGAUGCAUUUAUUGCCUUUGCCAACCUUCUCAACAAGCCCUGUCAAAUGGCUUUUUUCAGAGUUGAUCAUGACUUGAUGCUGAAAUACUUUGCUGCAUUUGAAGUGUUCUUUGAUGAAAAUCUUCCCAGGUUAUUUGCUCACUUUCAGAGUUACAACCUUACCCCUGACCUCUAUCUUAUUGACUGGAUUUUUACACUAUACAGCAAAUCCUUGCCUCUGGAUUUAGCCUGUCGAGUCUGGGAUGUCUUUUGCCGGGAUGGAGAGGAGUUUCUGUUUCGAACAGGUCUGGGAAUUCUCAAGUUGUACGAAGACAUCCUCCUUCAGAUGGAUUUCAUACACAUAGCUCAGUUCUUGACCAGACUUCCUGAGGAAACGACUUCUGAAAAGCUCUUCAGCUGCAUUGCAGCUGUCCAGAUGUUAAGCAGUAAUAAAAAAUGGAUUCAAGUUUUUACUGCAUUGAUGAAGGACAGCAAGGAACUGGACAAGAACAACAGCCCAGCACAAAAAAGUUAAAAAGGUUAUGUUGUGGUACACAUGAAACAAUUAAAAAAAUGCAUACUCCUCUAAAAUUUCCUUUACAACAACUGUGACAGAAGACUAGAACGGAGUUGACAAUGAAAACUUACUUAGUCAAUUUCACCAAAAGGUUGUGAAGCAAUACUUGAGGAAAACCUCUAACACCAUAGCCAGUAUUAAUGUCUGCUGGGGGUUAGUUUCUUACUGACUCAGUGGAAGAUAAAAACUGGGAGGACACAUUCUUUGGAAAUUACAAUGCUAAGCAGGCCUACAGUAAAUGCAAGAACAGUUCCCAGCUGUCAAAAGUGUGCUUUACAGAUAAACUGAAUUUCAAGUUGUGCAGGCAACAGAUAUAAUUCCUGUGGGUUUGUUUAUGGGAAAAAAAAACUGAAAAUCACUUCACAAAGUGUAAUAUACUCCAGCAAUCCACAAACCAGCAAAAAAAAAUAAAUCAAGAUUUAUGGACCAAAUCAAUUAAAUCUUCACUACAAAAUCUAUCUUUUUUAACUUGUUAAAAUAAUUGUAUAGAAACGAAUUAAUAAUCUAUAAGACCUAGGCAAGAGAAGCGUAAAAAAAUGUCUUUUUACUUGCAUUGCACUUAUAACCACAGUACCAGUUAUUUCAGGGACAUUCCUGAUGAUAAACACUAUUUAUGGUGAGCAAGGAAAUGAAAUGGCAAGUUUCUGACACUGCUUGUGCUGAGCUUCCCAGGUACUUGAAGGUGCUAUCCAUUUUACAUUCAUGUUCUUAGGAGUGUGAAUCUAGAUAAGACUAAGAAAGACAGUACUGAUUACCGGUGAAUCCUUGGAAUGUGAUUUCAUGAAUAUAUAUUCUCCCCUGGUGUGAGCUGUGCACGUGAAAUUGUUCUACAGAAACUGUGUAUCUUUAUGAAGUGCAAUAGUGAACUCGAACGGGCACAUGGAAUCUCGGUGAUUUACAGGGUGCGGGUUUCUGCAUCACUUUUCACUGAGUUUGGAACAGAAGUUCAAGUUGCUUUGGUUGCCAUCUCCAAAUAGAAUGGUUACAACAGUACAGCUUUGAUGGUAAAUGUAAAAAACUAUAAACUCUUUUUGCAUUAACACCCUGAGUUCUUUUUACACGCUCAGUGUGGUAAAUUUUAAAAACAGGUUACAUUUUGAUUUUGAAAUAUUGUCAUAUUUAAAAAAAGCAACAUAACACUCACUUAGCCGAAGCAUGACCUGUUUUUAUAUAGUCAUCUGUUUAUUCAUGUUAUUGUAUCUUCAUUUAACUUGACCACACAUAAGGAUUUUAUGUUGGGAUUUUAUGUUGCUGUUUUCUUUUAUUUAAAGCUUUAUCUAACUUUGCAUCCCUACUUUUUAUUUUUAUUUUAAUUUAUAUAGCCGUACAUUAAGUCUGCAUUUUUUCUUUUUCUACUCCUGCUUUCUAAUGUACAGUUUUUCAUACUUACCACAGGUACUGUAUAUAAAAUUGAUUGUAAAUAGAUGGGUUUUUGCCUUGUUAUAAAACCACUAGUUACACUUCCCAUGUGUAAAUAAAUCUCUGAAGCAAAA